AUGGAGUAUACAGAAAGCGUUAUAAUUAAAGAAGAGCACGACAUAGACUUUUCUGACAACGCCUUGGAUCUUUUGCAAAUGCACUUGGAUGUCAAUGUAAAAAUUGAAAACGGUAACGCGAUGUUAGGCGACGAUUGGUGUACGGAGAACAAGGUUCUAUUGCAGGAAAUAGAUAGACGUUUCGACGAAACUACCUACUAUGGCGAAACUAUCUACUAUGAAUGCCAUCCCUGCAGCAGAAACUUCUCUGAUCGUCAUUCGCUUUACAAACAUAACCUGCAGCACCUGAAAGUAAUACUUGAACGGCUCCCAAUCUUCCAGUGCAGCCACUGCUUGAACAGUUUCACAACAAAAAGCCAAUUAAUCUACCACAUUAACCUGGAACACAAUAAGCCAAGGUGUUUAAUGAAAUCUGGUGAACUGAUUACAAAAUCUCACCACUGGUGCAAGGUGUGUGACAAGGUGCUGCCGUACAAGAGCUGGCACGGCCACAUGAAGCAGGUGCACACUGUGCGGCGCAUACAGUGCUCAAAGUGCGACAAGGUCUUCAAAUGUCCCAGCUACCUGCGGAAGCAUGAAAAAUACGCUCACGACAGUGUGCGGCCCAGAUGGCGGACAUGCGUGACCGACCAAAAACUGCCCUGCGACGAAUGCGACAAGACGUUCCGCUGCCCCGGGGCAUUGAAGACGCACAAGAAUAACUGCCACAGCGUCAGAUCUUACCAAUGUUACAUUUGCAAGUCUAUACUCAAAUGCAAGUCCUACCUGCUAGGCCACAUGCGCCGCGUUCACUAUUCCGACGGACUGGAGCACAAAUGCACCAUCUGCGGCAAGAAUUACAAAUCACCCCGAUACCUCAAGAUCCACAUGAAGAACAGCGGCCACAAGCGGAAGAGAAGCACUCGGGACAAUUCUAUUGAAGUC